AUUACUGAUAUAGAUGAUAAGAUUAUAAAAAGAGCAAGGCAGAACUACUUGUACGAAAAGUACAUGGAAGAAAAUCACAGCCUUAAUGGAAUAUUAGAUGACAUCAGAGAAGUAAUGACUAAUUUUGAGAAUGUUGUAAAAACUACAAAUUGCGCUGAUAAAAAGUGCAUGUUAGAGAAGAUGUUUAAUAGAAUAACGAAAGCUAUUGAAGAUCUGCAGAAGGCGGUGAAAGAGAAGGAUGAAAAAAAGAUCUUAGAGUCUCAAGAAGCAUUAUUGAGAGAGGCUAGAGAUCCCUUAGCUAAUUGGUUAGAUGAUAUUAAAGGUAGCACAGUCACAGAACACUCCAUAUUUAAUAAAUUAUCACAGCAUUGGGAAGCGGAAUAUCAUAAAGAUAUGGAUGCUUUAAAUGUAUUAAAACCAAACGUGCUCACGAGAGUUAGUGAAUAUAUACCUGAGAUAAUAGCGUUUGUACAAGGAAUAAUAGGCAAUGGAUUUGCUUAUGAAAGUAAUGGAUCAGUAUAUUUUGACGUAAGCAAGUUUGAUAAACAAGAGAAACAUUUUUAUGCUAAGCUUGUACCAGAAGCAUAUGGCGAUACGUCAAGUUUGGAAGAGGGAGAAGGUGACUUAAGCAUUACGGCAGAUAAGCUCUCUGAGAAGAAGUCGGUAACAGACUUUGCGCUCUGGAAAAGCUCAAAGGACGGUGAACCCUGGUGGGACAGUCCCUGGGGCAAAGGACGUCCAGGGUGGCAUAUCGAAUGCUCAGCCAUGGCGACCGCAAUUCACGGAAAAAGUUUAGACAUUCAUACAGGCGGGGUGGAUCUUAAAUUUCCCCAUCAUGAUAAUGAACUCGCACAAACGGAAGCGCAUUUUGAUAACCCCCAUUGGGUCAACUAUUUCUUGCACUCUGGCCACUUGACUAUAGCUGGCUGCAAAAUGUCAAAGUCGCUAAAGAAUUUUGUGACGAUACAGGACGCUUUAAAGAAAUACUCGAGCAGGCAGCUCAGAUUUGCCUUCCUUCUGCAUUCAUGGAAAGAUACUUUAGAUUACAGC